AUGUUACUGCGAACUGUGGCGCUCUCGAUUUUGGCCGUUGCGCGAGCCAUCGAACUGACGUUCGAGCUGCCCGAUAAUGCCAACCAGUGCUUCUUCGAGGAAAUUAAAGGUGGCGUGGAAAGUGUCCUUGAAUUCCAGGUGGUGACGGGUGGCCAAUAUGAUGUUGAUCUGACAUUAGAGGAUGAUAGAGGAAAAGUCCUGUAUAAGGGCAUCAAGAAGCAGUAUGACAGUUAUACAUGGAAAGCCGAAACUACUGGUACCUACAAGGUUUGCUAUGCUUUACUUUAA